AGUUUUAUUUGAAAAUGGCGGACGCAGAUGGUCCAUCGACCAAACCGCCGGUUGAAAAUGUAGAAGAGGAAGUACUUACCAAACCAGAAGACAGCCAAACUGAUGAUUUUGACAUUAAGUCUCACACAUUUGAGAUCCCCAACAAAAAAAUCAGCUUACCAACAGAUGUGCCAGCAUGGGAAAAAUCAGAGGCCUACAGAGAUCUGGUUGGUUUCAUCUGUGCUAUAAGUGAAGCUGUUAAGUCUAAGAAGAUCAGAGACAAUUAUCCUAUUUCAGAGACCAUCACCCGAUUGGUAGGUCUACUAGACACAAUGAGCCAAUGGGUUGAAGAGAUCCCACCCAUAGAUCAGCCACAGCGGUUUGGUAACAAGGCAUUCAAAGAUUUCUAUGACCGUCUCAAGGAUAAAAGUGAGACACUGUUGAAGGGUGUUUUAGAUGAAAAGUUACAUGCAGCUGUUCCUGAAAUUGCUGUAUAUCUACAAGAGGGGAUAGGCAAUGACACUCGGAUAGAUUACGGAACAGGACAUGAGCUGUCUUUUGUGGCCUUCCUCUGCUGUCUUUUCAAAAUUGGAGCUUUACAAGAAGAGGAUGCUGUAGCCGUUGCCCUCCAGGUGUUUCAGAGGUAUUUAGUUCUGGUCAGGAAGUUACAACAGAUAUACCGUAUGGAGCCAGCUGGCAGUCAAGGAGUGUGGAGUCUGGAUGAUCAUCAAUUCAUACCAUUUAUCUGGGGAAGUUCACAGCUACUCGGUCACAAAAGAAUUUUGCCAAAGUCCUUUGUCAACCCAGACAUUUAUCAGAAUUUCGACAAAGAUUACAUGUUUUUGGGAUGUAUAAAAUACAUUGAUUCUGUGAAGACAGGACCAUUUGCUGAACAUUCCAACCAGUUGUGGAAUAUAAGUGGAGUGAAAGAGUGGCAAAAAGUCAACUCUGGUCUGAUAAAGAUGUACAAAGCUGAGGUCCUGGCCAAGUUCCCUGUCGUCCAACACUUUCUGUUUGGGAGUCUGCUGCCACUUGUUCCCGCUAAUGUGACAUGAACAGAGACAACAGUUGUAUAGAAGUAUACAAGGUCGGGUUAGAGAUGAUUAGGUAUAGAGGGACGAUUGGGGGGUGUUAACGCUGAUUAUGAUUAGUGCUGUAGAAGUCUGGACGGAAUGAGGAAGAAGGGGUAUAGA